AAGUAUGGGCAUGCGCAGUCGCCGUCGGCACUACUUGGUGCCGUUGGUUUGUGUGGAGCGAGGCGGUCGCCAUUUUGAGCUGCUCUCGGGAAGAGGCGGACAGGAGCCGGGAAGAUUGUUUCCAAUCAUAUACACAGCGCCUUUUUAGAAAAAAAAACCCACACGACUCGCAUUUUAUUCGACAUUAAUCCUCCUGCGGCGUGUGUCCUGAGAGAGAGCGAGGAAGGGUGAGCGCGUAGGUUGUGCUGUCCUCAAAGGAAAAAAAAGUCGCGCCAAUCCACUUACUUCGUCCUUCCCUUCGUUUGUGAUUUUUAAAAAAAAUAACCACUCCGUUCCUCUACUUUUUUUUUAAAUUUAAUCGCCACCCUUCCCACUUCCCAACCCCACCCCGCCCCCCAUCCCUCUCCAAACGGUGUUUUAUUUCCUCCCCUAACCCCCCCGAGUGUCGUCAACCGUCGGGCUGGAGGGUAACGGGAUGCAGAACCACAGCGGCGUGAUCCGGGGCCCGGCGGGCAACAACGACUGUCGGAUCUACGUGGGCAACCUGCCGCCCGACAUCCGCACCAAGGACAUCGAGGACGUCUUCUACAAGUACGGCAGCAUCAGAGACAUCGACCUGAAGAACCGCCGCGGCGGCCCGCCGUUCGCCUUCGUCGAGUUCGAAGAUCCGAGGGAUGCUGAGGAUGCUGUGUACGGUCGAGAUGGUUACGAUUACGAUGGUUACCGCCUGCGUGUUGAAUUUCCACGGAGUGGUCGAGGGACUGGAAGAGGGGGUGGCGGUGGAGGAGGUGGUGGGCAGACCCCUCGAGGAAGAUAUGGCCCCCCUUCUAGACGCUCUGAGUACAGAGUGGUAGUUUCAGGGCUUCCUCCAAGUGGUAGCUGGCAGGAUUUGAAAGAUCACAUGCGGGAAGCAGGUGAUGUAUGUUACGCUGAUGUUUUCCGUGAUGGAACUGGUGUCGUGGAGUUUGUUCGCAAAGAAGAUAUGAGCUAUGCAGUGCGAAAACUGGAUAACACAAAAUUUCGAUCUCACGAGGGAGAAACAGCAUAUAUUCGUGUGAAAGUUGAUGGUCCAAGAAGUCCAAGCUAUGGAAGAUCUCGUUCACGUAGCGCAGUCGAACCAGAAGCCGUAGCCGAAGUCGCAGCAGAAGCCGUAGUUACUCUCCCAGACGAAGCAGAGGAUCUCCCCGCUACUCGCCCCGUCAUAGCAGAUCACGCUCGCGUAGCUAGAUUACAUAUCACAACUGAGGAUGGAUUAAGCAUUCUUUGGAUUAAAGGAUUGUGGAGCUCAUUUCAGUCAUAUUAGGAAUGUCAAAUCGUGUCUAAUUGGAGGAGGAGGAGGAAUCUUGAUCAUUUAUGGAGGCAAUGGUAUGACUCCAAGUGCUAUUGUCACAAUUAAACUUGGCAGUAUUGAAGUUGUGCUUCUUCUGUACAAAUGGUUGUAUAAUCCAUGAGCUAUGGUGUUGCUGUGCCGGGAUACGAAGUUCUGUGCGGCAUCAAUACUGCUGAGCUUGCAUGUUCUGUGUGACUAGUCUGGCAUUGGUUUUCACCAUUUUGAACAGAAGUCCUAUUGAUUAAAACUUAAAAUUGAAAGAAUUAAAAAGUAAAAUGGCUGUCUUUCAGCACAGUUUCAUUACCUGGAUCAAAAAUUCAUCAAUCUCUAGUUUGUAACACAGUUAAGUGGUGAAUUACAUGUACAGUACAACUCAAUUACUAGAUUUCACAUGGUAAUUAGAAAUGAAGGUGUCAAUGAAAGUAAAUACUGCACCAGUAAAUUUUGUGCUAACUGACGUGCGUGUGUAGUAAUGCUAUCAGGGCUUGAAUUGAUAUCCACUAGUCCAACAUCUUCUUUCGUGUACAUCCUAAAUAAACUAAGCAGUAUCUAUGGACAUACUUUAAUGUAGUUAAGUAUGCUGAAUGUAUGGCUUCUAUCAUGUGUGCCCAUUAGUGGACUAUGAUGUUGGGUUAGUGAAUACUUAACUACAAUAGUAAGUUGUCAUUUUUUAAUGGUAUUGUGGAAUAAAGUUUCUUGUUUAAAAUAUGUAACAACGUUCACAUUGACUGUGGGGGUGUGGAUGCAGUUUAUGCUGUUCAUCUGUCAAAGCGUCUGUACAUAUUGGCCAGAUGAGAGCUAUAACUGUCCCACCCCAUAUAAACUUGUUGUUUGUUGUAUCUAACGUUUGCCUCCUUUUUUGGUUUUGCUGGUUAUUAAAGGUUUGGAUUGGAGAGGGCUCAUUGGAUCCCAAUCCUUGGAGCUGGAUCUAUGGAUUCAAUUCAUUGUGAGGAUAGGAUAGGGAGGAUCAUAACAUGGAUUCAUGGAGCGGGAUCAUUUUACCAGGAGCUGUAGGAGUGGAUUCCUGCCCCAGUCAAACCGUGUAUUUGUGGAUUUUUUUUUUUUUGUUUUGUUUUUGUGUUUUUUUUUUUUUUGUUUUUCUUACCCCACCCACCCUCAAAACCCCAAUCCCAUACCCACAAUUGGUUAUGCCAAAAAAAACUUGCCUUUCAUUUUUGUCAGUUGGAGCCCAAUGGAUACCCCGUGGGAAUGGCUUUUUUUGCCUUUUUUUUUCGUAAACGGAGUGAACCAGGACCGAGAGAGGUACGCUGGAGCAAUCUCCUUGGAUGGAUUCGGCAUUCAGGAUUUGGUAACAAUUUAAGCAGGGUGAUAUCUUAACUUUUUGUAACUAUGAUUAAGGGGUAUUUUGUUAAAAAUUAAGUCUGAAUUGGCUGUGCAUACUAAAAUUAAGGGAAUAGAUAAAAUUGAUUAAUUUUUGGCCCAAAGCAUUACUUCUAUUCAUAGCUUAAAUGUUUAAUCUCCAUUUUGACAAUAAAUUCUUUUUAAUUGUGUGUUUGAGUUUGUGAUUUUGUGAACAGGUGGUUGGCUUUUAUUUUCUGUAAUUUUGAGGAACCUUGAGUAAUCCUAAAACUGUUCACAACAAAAUGCUGUAUAACGUGCAUUUUAUAUAUUCCCGUUCGUUCACAAGUUGCAAUGCCACGUUGCUUAUGCACAUUCUGAUCGUUUUUAUUAGUUAAUGAGCAAGGUUUCCCUUGUGUAAUUGGUGUCGUCUUUAAGUUUGCAUUGCUGGCAUCUGCCAGGGGCUUCCCAGUUUGAGUGAGAAUCUAACAAACAUUUACCCUAAUGAUCCAGAUGGUUAGAUUAUUUAGAUUUAGGUAUAAUCCUACAAGUAAACUUUACCCAACUAGCCAAAAAAAGGCUAUUUUAUUUCAAGUAUAGUAGAACAUGACACAAAUUUCCCAAUUUUGUCUUUCACGUACAGAUCAAUUUAUCAAAUUCCCAAAGGAAAAAGUUAGGAGUGACAGUUUUAGGAUUUAUUUGGAUUUUUUAAGCUUUGUGCUCCAAAAGUGGGUAUAAUUUAAUAAGGAAGCUGCAUGUUGCCACUAGUUGCUCCUAAAGCACCCACUUAGUGUAGAGACAUCUUGUGGUUAGCACCAUUUGAUAUAUUUUGUAUGUUUGACAGUGCAGACAUUUGUUUUGUCCAACACUCCCUAAGACAUUAAGAUAACACGUAACCUGAUGAGUGUAAUGAGUAAAGUGAGACAAAGAAUGUUGUGAAUUUUAAUAAAGGAUCAACAAAGCCUUUGCUGUUUUUCUUCACACUUAAUUGCAGUGGAGUAUUUUCUGUGCUCAUGCAUUGAUCAACACAUUUCCCAUAACAAAUAUUACAGUAUGGCACAUUCUUUCCUUAUUUGCAAUGGCCAUGUCCACCACCUCUGCUGUUGACUUUGGUCUUUCCUUGCUGUUCCUAACUAAAUAUAUUUACACUGAUCCCUGUCACCUCUGAUCUAAUUUGUAUAGCAGCGGUUGGUAGCCAGAAUAUUCUGGUAAGUGAAUAGAAUCAAAUUUAUUUCUUCCUGUGAUACAUUAUAUAUAGCAGCAAUAUGCCUAAGUACACCCAGGCUGUUGCUUGGUAGCCAACAGUAGGUGCCAGUUUGAUUUCCAGUGAUGGUUGGUUUACAUAAUUUGGCUCAUGUAACAAAGUCACUUGAGAAUCAGCUUAUUGAUAGUUGGAGUCGCAGGCUAGAAAUGCACUCAUGCCCAGAAACAUCCUGUAGUUGUAAAGUGCAUAGACAAAUUUUCCCUGCUGCUGUGAUUGUGGGAAAAGUUAGCUAAUAUAUUGCAUCAGUAGUCUGUUCUGUCACCUUUAUCCUUUAGCUGGGUAUCUUUCUGAACCAGUUAUAUAGUUUAAAGGAUAGUAUAUGUGAAUUCUGACCUUUUCGGUUGGUCAUGUGAACAAUUGCAGCUGACCCAAUUGUUUUGGUCUUGCAAGUGCUGGCUAUUUAAAUUGACCAGCACUUGUACCCUUGCACAACUAAUGACUAAUGCACCUAAAAGCACGGCAAGCAGCAAGGGCUUAUAGUGGUCAUGUUUUUGAUGGAGGCGUAAAUUAUUAACACCAUCCAAUUUUGUUUUUGGUGUCUCUUCCAGGCAAUAUUAAGAUGACUGGGAGAAGAAUGUGUUCCUACAACCAUCUUUAUAAAAUUGUGGAUUUUUUGGGAUGCAUAUAAUAAUGCUUUCAGGUCAAACUACAAAAGUCUUUUCAAACUUAUGUCUGCAGUAUUUUGUUUUUGAUAUGCUGUUUAUUUUGCUGCAGCUCUUGUCUUUGAUUCAAAUAUAGUCAUGGGGAAUGGUUUGUAGUUUGAUUAAUCUUGCCAGUUACAGAAGGAAGGUCUCUAGUUGAGGGUUUUAAGUGAUGCAGGUUAUCGUUAGAAUGUAUGGACAUUAGUGAUAAAGUAGUUGAUGGAAUGGGUUCUUGGUUUUUCCACUUAUUGUGACCAUCUAUAUUAGCUGCAAAAUUAGCAACCUAACUGUCUUAUGCAGUUAAUCUGAAUACAUCCCAUCCAAUUGAGCAUGACCACUGAUCUCUUACGAAGUGAUAGUGUCUUAAUGCAUGUCAUUCUACUACUGAAUUGCCUAUAAAACGCAGAUUAAGGCAUGGAAUUUCCUCCUAUUGUGGAAGCUCUGAUACUAGGCUUUCUCCACUUCCCUACUCAGAUGCAUCCUGGUACUAAGACGUCUGUAAUUCCCUGCUGUUGUGAACAUCUGGAAAUUUAAAAAAUUGGUUUAAAGUGGUGUGGGAAGAGAUGCUGGGAGAAGGAAAUGAGUGAUCUGUUUGGCCUGAGUUGAUGUCAUGUCAUAUCCUUGCCAUUCUGCGCUUGCCCAUUUCUUGGUAGGCAUUGCUGAACUGCAAGUGUUCUUGUGACAUUGAUAUUUACACAGGAAUUAUGGAAAUAAAUCCACUCUGUUGAUGUUCAACAUAAUACUUCCACAGAUCAAGAAUGAUGAUACCUUCAUUCAGUCAAUGGGAAGGGACAUUUUUCCCCAGGGGUAAACAACUGCAAAAUCAAGAUUGCACUCUGGAUGGCCUAUAAUUAGUGUUUAGUUGGAGGAUAUGUAGAACAAGAACAACCUAGUUGAAACUGUUCUGGUUUCCUAAAUAACUGGGAAGAGAAGGGAUUACAUUGUAAUAUCUGUCCAUUGUCUGGAAAAAUUAGUGACUUGGGAUUAUUUCAGUUGAGUUAACAGUUCUUCCAGCUCUAACUUUCCCUGUUGGAAUAAAACUUUUUCUGGCUUGAGAUCUCAAUGAGUGAGCAACCUUCAAUGUUAUGCAGUUUUAUCUAUAACUUCCAGUGUGGGGGUGGGAAUGGGUGCAAGUUUAAGUUGCAAGGCAGUGAUCUUUGAAGGUUUGUAACUGUCUUCAGUGAGAGAUUUGUGCCUUUGAAUUGUUCCAGUAUGGGUACUUCAGUAUAUGAUGUACACUGUCAUUUUAUUCUGUUUUGGGACUUUUUUUUUUACAGGUGACAUGGAUGGUGAUGGCCAUUAUGCUCCGUUAUAGUUGCGUGAUGUCGUCAACACUGAAGGAUUAACAAUUGUGAUGUGAUUACUGCAACUUUUGUGUGAUUUGUCAGCAUUUGAUUGCCAGAAAUGGAGCACAUGCAUUCUAGAAUGGAUAAUAUUGAGUUAGCAUAGAUGCAUAAUCUCUUGGUUCAGAUUAGUUGAAUGCUGCCUGAACCCUGAGAUUAAUUUUAGAAUUUAACUGGCAACAGCUUAAAUUUUGAGCUUUUUCAGAUUUCUUGACAUUUUUAGGAUCCGGUCUAGUACGGUACAUUUCUAGAGGGGGAAUAAAUAGCCAUUAUUAACACACCCUGAUAUCAAAUUAAUAGGCACAAUUGCUGCAGAUGACAUACUGACAAAGAUGCCUGGAAUCUUUCCUCAUCAGUUUUUAGUCUCAUAAUCUAUAAACUAGUGUCUUUUUGGCAGUUCUUUUAAUUCUCUAUGCAUUUGAUUUUCUCACUUGUGCACUCCAGCUGUAUACAAUAUGCUGUCACGUUGACUGCAAAGUUAGAGAAAAUGUGUAUGCCGUAAUUGUAAUGAGAAAAUUGAUUUGUAACCAUCCUAAUAAAUUGUGAUUUCUCCAGCCAGGUGAGCAAACUGUUUAAGUGGCAUCAGUAUUGUAGCUAGGUUGGGCAAUGCGGACUUUGUUUAGCAAAGCAUAGUGAAGCAUCCUAAAUGUGGACAAACUGUGGAAUAUUGGAGCUAAUGCAAAAUUUUAGAUUUGAGAGUGUACAGAAAUCUAGAAGCUGGUUUAAUAUUGAGCUGGAUUGUUAUAUACUAGUAUUAAUGACAGUUGGAAGUUUUUAACUUAAUUGUGGCUGGCUAGGCUAUGUUUCCUUCCCUUGAGAAGGAGUUACUGAGUGCUGUCUCCAACUGCUGCGUCCACAUGGUCUAGACACACCGUUGUGUUGGGGAGCAAGUUCCAAGAGUUUAACUCAGUGACUGAAGGAAUGGCACUUAUGAUUUGAAGUCAGUAUGGUGUGUUGGAAGGAAUCCUGCUAGUGGUAAUGUACCCAUGCAUCUGUUGCCCUGGUCCUUUGAGGUGGUAAGUCAUGGGUUUAGAAGGGGCUGUGGUGAGUUGCUGCAUUGCCUCUUAUAAAGGAUAGAUCUAUCACGAUGAGGCAGUGAAUGUUUAAGCUUAAGUCAUGGACUUUGUAGUAGUGGAUUAGUUUUGGAUCUUAACAUCAAUAAAUUCUGCAAUAACUCCUGUUCUUUGAAAGUUGAAUUUUAAAAUUUGAGUCAUUGUCCACAAUUGUAAAUAUGAAUAAUAUGAUUCUUUGGGCUCCAGAAACAAUGGUUUUGCCAAAGGAUUUGUUUUUGUAUGAACAUUACACAGAUGCAGAUUUUGGCUUUCUGCAGGCUUUGCAUCAGGGAACCUAAUUUUUAUACAGAGGUUUUUUAUUUUGUGCUACUUUUAAAUAAGUAAUAGCAUCAGUCACAAAAUAAGAGGUAAGUGCUUUCUGUGAUGAAAAUCACGUCUCUACCCCUGCACUAAAACAAAUUUCUGAGCUUUAUCAGGGGGUUGGGUGGUGAAGCAGCUGAAUCUCACCCUAACUGGGUGAUUGUAUGUAGUUUAAGUAUUUAAUAAUCACUUGAUAACUAAAUUUUUGUAAUUAAACUUUGCUCUUCCAUUCCAGCGACUAUUCCUCCAAUUCUAAUACAAAUGAUAUACAUGUUCCAAGAAACACAAUCUUCUCUCAGUUCUGCUGUACACUGAUAACAGAUGUGCUGGAUGUCUCCAUGCUUUUAUGCAACAAUAAUAGGAGCUUAAUUUGUAAGGGAAUUGAAGAUGUGACUUGUAAGCAGCUUAAUUUUGAACUUAAUAUGUUAGAACAGUCAGUGGAGAGUGAUCCAGUAAUGGGACAUGUGUUAAUACUAUAGACUUUUAAACCUUGGCAAUAAAAACAAAAGCUUUUGAACA